CAAAGACCAAGAAUCUGGGCGACGGAGUCGAUACGCCGCUCUCGGAGAAGCGUCGACUACUGUGGAAAUUGAUCGGUACAUCGGCGGCAAGUCGGCCGGGGGGGGAGAUAUGAGCGGGGACGAGAACUCCUCCGACGAGUCUGUGAUCGGCCGCGACGAGUACGAGGCGGAGCGGCAGGAUAGCGCUAAUGAGCGAGCCGUCAUCAGCGCCUCGGUGGAGGACCUGAAGGCCGAAAUGGCGGCGAGGUUCGCGGAGGUGCUGGCAGCCGUGCGUGAUCGGGGCGGCGGGGCCGCCGCGGGUGGCGCUGCCGGAGCUGCACCAGCGCCCGGGUAUGAGGGCGUGCGUGCAGCUGCCGGCGUGGCGCAGGCGCCCAUGUAUGGGGGCGCGAGCGCGGGUUACGGGCUCCACCGCGUGGAGUCGAGUCCCGGGUUGCUGCAGGGCGCUGGUCGGUAUGGCAGUGGGAGCGGCUUAGAUCGCAAAAAAAUAUCUUUAAACAUUGACCUCCCGGGUCCGGCCGGGUGUCCUAUGCCUGAUGCCAGCACUGGCGAAGCUGCGCACCAAAGGAACAAGAAGGUCAACCAUUCUAACAGCGGCCGCAACGCCGCGGCGCACUACGCGCGCCGGUUCAACAUGGACCUCGCCAUCGAUGCUCUUGCUGAAGAAAUUUCGUGGGAGGUCACCAGAUUCGACCGCAGGUUGAAGAAAUAUGUUGUGGAGACCGUCAAGGCUGGCUCCGGCUGCUCUGCGGUGCUGCGGUCGUUGGGUGAUGUUCUGCCGGGGGGGUUGCCUUCCGCCCCGACGGACGCUCGCGCCGCUAGCACCCCAACGGCUGCUCAACGUGCUGCUCACUUCCCCGGCGCCGCAUCCUGGACAACCGUGCUGUGGGAGGCCGAGUCGCCUAGGCGCAACGACGCCGGCGGAGGCGGGUGGGAGUCCCGCAUUGCCACGGGCCCUCUUCGUCCCGAUGAAAGGACGUUGAUCGGGGCGUACAACACAUACUUCAGCUGCGGUCGUGCGGAUGGGGGUGCGUUAUGCGAAGAACCGCGCUGUACCGACUGCUGGCUGAACUCGUCCACGCUCGACGACAAGGACAUCGUUUGCACACGGUUCAAGCACGGCGCUCCUCUCCGGGCAAGUAGCGGCCUUGGCCGGUGGAAAGGGGGCGACCUGGGCGAGGGAUGUGGAGAGGACGUCGAAUUCUUCAAGGAGCAGCCCUUCGACAACGAUGUACAUGAUGGACCCGCUCAGGCGUCGGGCCUUUCGUCGGCGCGCAUCCUCUACUUCUCCGAGCACACAGGGAACACGCGCCAAGGAUCCCACGACCGCCCGUUGACAUCGUGGGUGCUGGCGUUUGACUACGUCUUCGACGGUGUUGGGAACCAACGUAGUCCCGACCCCGACACAUUGCACCCGAUCUUGGUCCUGCGAGGUAGCACAGGUAGGCAAAUGGCUACCCACCCAUAUUCCUCUGAGGAAAAAGAAUCCUCCAGAGGAUAUGAAAUCCUCUGGAGGAUAUUUAAUCCUCCAGAGGAAAUGCGCACAAUAUACUCCGAGGGAAAAGCCCAAACAUUACUCGGAGGGGAGAAAAUCGGCCCCCCGGAGGAUAUACUAGAGUUGGAGGUGGAAUAG